UUUGGAAAAGACCAAAAGGCAGGAUAGACGUUGGGGUACCCAUCCCGUUCUAAGCAGCAGAUUGACAACAGGUGCGUUUCAUUUGAUGUUUGAGAAGCACAGACAAUAUGAAGACAAAUUUUACCAAUAUUACAGGAUGUCUGUUAGCUCAUUUGAUGAACUUUUACAUCUUGUCAGUGACGGUCUGAUGAAGAAAGAUACCAACAUGAAAAGGAGUAUUGAGCCAGCUGAAAGACUUGCUAUAACCAUCAGGUAUUUGGGCUGUGGAAUGAACUUCAGUGACCUUGAAUUCGAAUAUCAAGUAUCAAGAAAAACAAUACGUCUCGUUGUUGAGGAGACCUGUGAAACAAUUUCGGGAAAACUGCAGUCAACUGAAAUGCCAAUCCCUACAAGUGAUGAAUGGCUUUUGAAGGCAACGGAAUAUGAGAAGUUAAACCAACUUCCCAAAUUGUGUUGGUGCCAUUGA